AUGUCGCCAUGAUACAAUGACGUCACAGGCACCUUGCUUUGAAAAAUGCCAUUCAUAAUAACAUGUGAUAACUUUGUGUACACACAAUAAAGAAGGAGAUAAAUCAACUAGGCAAUUGUGACAUUUAUCAUCAGAGAUUCAAAUAUGAUGACUUUAUAGUGAGAAGUUUAGUGAAUGUUCCAAAGAUUGAUUGUGCCAGGGUUGUGUUCAUUUGCAUAAUUUGAAGUAAUUAUAUAACCUGUUGAGGGAUGGGCUGUGGACCAUCACAGGUUGAACCAGGGGCUAAUCCUGAUCAAAGACCCUUAGAAAAACCAAAGCAGCAAAAUGGUGCUGUUCAAAAUGGACAUACUCCAAGUGAAAUAAAUAAAAAAUCUACAAUAGAUUCUAAUGCCAACAGACCAGAUGAAGUGACUAAUAAUCCAGUUCCAAGGUCAGUAGCAUUUACAGUAGAUUUAGAUGGUAAAGAGACACAGCAAAAGUUGUUGGGAGCACCUCCUCCGAGGUUAAAGCGUCUAGAUCCAUUAAAUGUUCCAAAGUUGACGGCAGAAGAAUUGGCUGAGAAACAGAGAAUAGCGGAUGAAAAACGAGAAGCUCAAAUUAAGAGGAAGCAAAGCGCGUCCUUGAAGGCAUCAAGACGGCGACAACAAAUUUUAGAUGCUCAAAGAUAUGAUAAAGAAAUUCAACAGAAAGAGGUGGAAGGAAAGAUAAAUGAGUCUUUGAGCUCUGCUGGAAAGACUCGAGAAGCAAAACUGAAGGAUAUACAAGAGAAACAAAGAAUACGAGAAGAAAGAGCUAGACGAGCAAGAGAAAAGGUUAAGAAAAUGAAUGAUUUAGAUCAUGAACUAGAUAUAGAUGUAGAGAAAGACGAGGAUUAUAAUGCAGAAGAUGUGGAAAUGGAGAUAGACUCCUGGAUUGAAACUGAUUCCUGGCUUAAUGGUGACAACAACAACAACGAUGAAGAUGGGCAAUCUGGAGAUUCUGGUGAAAGAAUAUAUUCCGGAAGAUCUAGCCCUAAAAAACAAACAAAAGAAGGUUUAACUCGAGGUAUCAGCAGCAGGACAGUUGAUAGUUUUGAUAAUGCUUUUAAUAGAAAACCACCGAGUGCGUCACAUAUCACGUCUAACGGAACUCACGGUUCCCAACAAGACGACUUCUUUGACUCUUGACAGCAACAUUGUGAUAGAAAUCAUCAUCAUGAGUUUAGUAAUUAUCACUGACUUUCUUUAUAUUUAUUCGCUUUCUUUUUCCUAUCAAAAAUAUAUAUAAAAAAGUUAAUGUAUCCAGGCUCAGUAGAAUUUAAUGGGUAAACUUGAUGUAUUCUUAGAUGUUUGCAACAGUUUUUAUAUUAUAGACAUAUGAAUUAUGUAGGCAGAGUAGAUGUUAUUAGAUGUUUAAACUUUAAAUAAAUCCAUCCUGCCUAUAUGUCUGUAUGUGAACCAGCACUAGAACAGACCACCUGUCAACUAAGACCACUUUUUUUACCCAAUGUCUUUAAAAAGUUCUAAAUCAACAAGUUUGACUGUAAUACUCGAAAGUAUCUAAAAAAAUAUCAGUUUUAAUUUUUUUCUUUAUUUUUUUUUUGUUGUUUUUGUUUUUUCCAUCAUAAUCAUUCUUUGUGUUUUAUAUCAUUUAAUUUAUAUUUAAUCACAUAAUCAGGUUACCUUUGUUGCAAAGUAAGUGUUUAGCUAAAUCAGUGCACUUUCAAACAUCAGUAAUAAAAAAAACUUAAAAAUGAAAUGUUACUUAUUUUAAUUAAAUAUGCAUGUUGUUUAUUGUAAAAAUGAUUCACCAGGUUCUUCAAUCCAUUGUUAUAUUUACUGUUUAUUACUGUCAGCCUUGUGUAAAGCAGGUGAUAUCAAAUACAGUCAUUGCUCUGUCAAAUUGAUAUUAUCAACAAUGUCAGUAAUUAUUUUUACUCCAUCAGUUUACUGUCAGGUUAUUGAUAUAAGCUGCAUCAGUCAGUAUACAAUUGUUAACAUCAGAUUCUUCAGUAAACAGUCACAUUUCUGAAAUCAAAUCCAUCGGUAUACAGUCAAAUUGUUGAUAUCAAAUCCAUCAGUAUAAUGUGAAAUUGUUGAUAUCAAGUCCAUCAGUAUACAGUCAGAUUGUUGAUAUCAAGUCCAUCAGUUUACUGUCAAAUUGUUGAUAUCAAGUCCAUCAGUAUACAGUCAGAUUGUUGAUAUCAAGUCCAUCACUAUACAGUCAGAUUGUUGAUAUCAAGUCCAUCACUAUACAGUCAGAUUGUUGAUAUCAAAUCCAUCAGUAUACAGUCAGAUUGUUGAUAUCAAGUCCAUCAGUAUACAGUCAGAUUGUUGAUAUCAAGUCCAUCAGUAUACUGUCAAAUUGUUGAUAUCAAGUCCAUCAGUUUACUGUCAAAUUGUUGAUAUCGAGUCCAUCAGUUUACUGUCAAAUUGUUGAUAUCGAGUCCAUCAGUAUACAGUCAAAUUGUUGAUAUCAAGCCCAUCAGUUUACUGUCAAAUUGUUGAUAUCAAGUCCAUCAGUAUACUGUCAAAUUGUUGAUAUCAAGUCCAUCAGUAUACUGUCAAAUUGUUGAUAUCAAGUCCAUCAGUUUACUGUCAAAUUGUUGAUAUCAAGUCCAUCAGUAUACUGUCAAAUUGUUGAUAUCAAGUCCAUCAGUAUACAGUCAAAUUUAUUAUGAAAAUUGAUGAUAUUACUCACAAUGCAUUAUUAAAUUGAUUCCAAUGUUAAUUUGAUAUCAAAUGCAGCCCAUUUUUGAUUUGAUGUUACGGAAUCAUUUAUUUUAUCAAUAUAAAAUUCCCAGUACAUUUGCUUAUAAAUGAUAUCAUAUUCAAAGUCAACUUGUGGAGGGAUGAUAUGAAAAUAUUUACCCAGUUUUAAUAAUUAAUAUUUCAAGGAUGAAUCUACUAUAAAUUUGAUAUUACCACCUUACCCUAAUAGUAUAUAACUGUCCAGUCACUUUUGUAUUGUUUAAUAAUUUUACUGGCAUAUUGAUGUUAAAACUUUUGUAUAAUGUAUAAGAUUUUAAAUGAGAAGUUGUUUCCUGCAAAAAAAUCUUAAAUAUAAAGUAACAGUUAUAUAGAGGACAACUUAAGUAGGACUGUUCUUGUCACAAGUUAUUAUAAAGCCAGAAAGAAAUCAUGAAAGGCAUUUUAAAUGAAUUGUGUCACUGUGUGUGAUUAAAAAAUUACAAACACAUUAAAAUGGUUUUAUCACACACCCGUGCCGAUUUCGCGACUCCGUAAAUAUGGUAUUGCACGGCCGUGCAUAUAUUUUGACGUGAUGUCAUUAGCGUUAUACAAACAUAGUGUAAAGACGCGCUAAUUGUUAGCGUUAUACUAUAGGCGCGUCAAUAAAAAAUGACUCUUAUUUCACUUUAAACGGUCUUUAUUUUGGGUUUGUGAUAAAUAGAAUAUUAAAUUCGUGUAAGUUCAUUACUGAAUUUAUUGCACUCGUUGAAUAAAAUAAUAUUAUGCUCGCCAGAGGCUCGCAUAAUAUAAUUUUAUUCAACUCGUGCAAUAAAUUCAGUAUUGCACUUACACUCAUUCAAUAUCCUCUAUAUAUUAAAUUGGAAACAAACAAUGUCAUGUGAUAAAAUGCUAUCUGUUACAUUUGUAUAUUUUUUUAUAUAUUUUAUACAGAACUGUUCUGUUAUACAUUUUAUAUUUUAUAAGUUACCAUGUUAUAGCAAACCCUCUGUGUAUAUACAGGGUAAUUAAAAAGAGCAAAGAUUAUUUAUAUUAUAGAACUUUAUAUAUAUUUGUAUUUUGCAAUAAAGAUUAAUGAAAGUUAUUUGUAGGAAUUUAUAGUCAAGAAAAAUGUACUAAUAUUUCUUUACUUAUUCUUUUAAGUAUUAUUUCAAAAUCAUGAUAUGAUGAUAUUUUCAGUUGUAUAUCGUGGCAUUCAUCAACAUGUCAUGAUGUUUUCUUUAUGAAGAAUUAUUGUUUAUAACUUAUUAUAGUUACUGUAUGAUUAACUGUGACAAUUAAGCUACGUUGUUAAAGUAGGGCAUUAGGGGACUGAUAUAACACCAAAUUUCCUAAUCUGAAAUAGUCUUGUUUCUUUAAGACUAAAAAAAACAAGAAGCUGCAGAAUUUUCUUUUUUAACCUUUGAGAAGAAUAAGCUGUUUAAAACAUUAUGUUCACAUAGAUAUAUAACCUUCAGAGUUUUGUGUAAUGUAGCUUUUAAGCUUUUUUUAUAUUUCUCAAUAUUCCCUAAAAUGCCGUAAUAUAU